AUGGGAUUGGGGAGAAAUCAGACCCUGGUAACAGAAUUUGUCUUUGUGAGCUUCACAACAGAGCCACACCUGCAAGUCACCCUUUUUGUCAUCUUCCUCUUUUCCUACAUCCUGACACUGAUGGGGAACCUAGGCCUCACAGCCUUGAUCUGCCUGGACUUGCGCCUGCACACACCCAUGUACUUCUUUGUGGGCAGCCUCUCUUUUCUGGACACAUGGUACUCCUCUGUUUACACCCCCCGAAUCCUGGCUGACUGCAUUUCCAAGAGCAAAAUAAUGUCUUACACUGGCUGUGUCAUCCAAUACUUCUUCUCUGCUGCUGUGGUCCAUACCGAGUGCUUCCUGCUGGCGGCCAUGGCUUAUGACCGCUAUGUGGCCAUCUGCAACCCGCUGCUUUACUCCUCUGCCAUGACCAAGAAGCUCUGCAUUCAGCUGGUGGCCAGCUCCUAUGCUGUUGGCUUUGCCAAUGCUAUUGCACACACUGGCAACAUGUUCCGGCUGCGCUUUUGUGGGGACAACACCAUCAACCAUUUCUUCUGUGAUGCCCUGCCACUGAUGAAACUGGCCUGUGAUGAUAUCAGGGUCUAUGAGAUCAUUCUGGCUGCUAUUGUUGGCUGCAAUGUGGGGACUGCAAUUGUCCUGGUUCUCUGUUCCUACACAGCCAUUGUGGCAGCCAUCGUGCGCAUCCACUCAGCUACUGGGAGACGCAAGGCCUUCUCCACUUGCUCUGCCCACCUGGUCUCUGUCACCUUCUUUUAUGGCUCCCAUCUCUUCAUUUACUUGCGACCCAGCUCCCAGCACACCCCUGAGGGUGACAAGGUGGCUGCUUUGUUCUACACAGUGGUAAACCCUCUCUUGAACCCUGUUAUUUACAGCCUGCGCAACAAAGAUGUGAAAGAGGCCCUCAAAAAAGCCUUAAGCAGAACUGUAGACCCCAGGUAA